CCGGGCGGGGCUUGAUACUGCGCAAAGUCGAAUUAACCGACCCGUAAAUUUUGUUAUUGUUCUAUUUAAAAUGAAUUAAUAAAUUAUAAAGAAUGUUGUGUUCAAAGCUUUAAAUAAAUCAGAAUAUUAUCAACGUAAUUAAAAAAAAGAAGCUUUGAAUCUUGUUAUGUGUCGAAAACAAUACCAAACAUGAAAGUAAAGUGGUUUAUAUUUUCACUCGUAAGUUGUGUGAUUGGACAAUUACCAGAGUCUACAAUUCCUUUUAAUCCCAAUUACCAGAUACCAUAUGCAAACAAUACGUCCUAUCGCCCCGCGCCUCAAAUACCUUACGGCAGUUUCUCGAUGAACAAUGACUAUUCGCACCAAAGUUCUUUCUAUCAGGACAAUGGUGACUCGGAUAUUUACGGCGGAGGUGAUAAUGAAAUUGAUCCACAGAGCACUGCCAGUUAUUACGCUGGGUUGGAUUAUGAGGAACGCUACCGCUGUCCACCGAAUUGGGUUGGCUUUAAAGAAUCUUGCUAUAGAUUUACCAAGUCACCAAACCGUCCUAGAAACGAAGCUCGUAAAAUUUGCAAAACAUAUGACGCUGAUUUAGUAUCAGUUAACAGUCCAGAAGAGCAUGGUUUUGUUAUUACAACUCUUAUGAGAAUAGAUCCCCAGAAAGGCUCAUGGUAUACUGGUGCUCAUCAACAAUCACCAGGCUACUGGGCCAAUGAUGGGGAUGGCUCUCAGUUAUCAGGCCUAGAAAGUGCAUUUUUUGAUGAUCGUAAGUUAACUUAUACAAGUUACAAUUUGUUACCUCGUGAUUAUCUAGUGUAUAGGUUCUCCCAUGAAGAUGGUAGAUGGGGUUUGGCUCCUGUUGAAGGCACACAGUAUUUCCAUUUUAUUUGUGAAGGUCAAAUUCAAAGGCUACAUUACUUGAUUGAAGAGCAAAGGUCUUUUACUUAUGGUCUUGAAACAUAUGAUCCAGAAAGAAUUCCAAGGGGUCCAUACUUUAUAAAGGAACCAGAAGAUACUAUAUAUGAUCCAUUGAGGAAUCACCAUGUGCAGUUGGUUUGUAUUGCCGGAGGUUAUCCAGCUCCUACAUAUCAUUGGUUUAGAGAGGAUUAUCAGAUUGACAGUCCAGUUUAUACUGAAAUAGACCCACUGGCCGAUAGUAGGUUUAUCCUAAGUGGAGGAACUUUAAUUAUUUAUGACCCUGAUGCAGAUAAAGACAAUUCUAAAUAUCAUUGUACGGCAACUAACAAGUUUGGUACUAUUAGAUCAGAAUCAGUAAGGUUGUCAUUUGGUUACAUAAGGGAAUUCAAUCAAAAGCGGCCCAUUGAGAGUGGUAAACAGUACUGGGGUAUGGUGAUGUACUGUGAUCCACCUUCUUUUUAUCCAUCUGUGAAUUUUCUUUGGGCAAUAAAUUAUUUCCCAAACCUUGUAGAAGAAGACAAAAGAGUGUUUGUAUCAUAUGAUGGAGGGUUAUACUUCUCAGCCUUGGAAACAAUUGACAGAGGUAAUUACAGCUGUAAUGUUAUGAGUAAAGUAUCAGACGCUGGUAGGAAUGGACCAUUUUUCUCUCUACUAGUGUAUCCUCACUCUGACUAUCAACAGUUAAAAUUUCCAAAUAAUUUUCCUAAAGUUUUCCCGGAAGCACCAAUAGUUGGUCAAGAAGUGAGGUUUGAGUGUAUUUCUUUUGGUUAUCCUGUACCAUCAUACAACUGGACAAGGACAAAUGGAAAUAUUCCUAAAAGGGCCUCCCUGAGUAACUUUAACCGAGUGUUGACAAUUCCUAAUGUUGCUGUUGAGGAUGAAGGGGAAUAUGUUUGUGACGUACGUAAUGAUAGAGCACACAUUCAUAAUAGUGUUUUCUUGAAAGUCCAAGCCGAACCAAACUUCACUAUACCUCUGGCUGAUAAGCACAUGGAUAAUAAAGGUGAUUUACAUUGGAACUGUGAAGCAUUUGGUAUUCCAGAUGUAAAUUAUACAUGGUGGAAAAAUGGUCAAAAGCUCUCAAUGGAGAAUUUGGAAACUGAAGAUAGAGACAGAUAUAUAAUACAAGAUAAUGUCUUGAUUAUCAAAUAUUUAGAUCCUACAAGAGAUCCUGGUAUGUAUCAAUGUGAAGCAAAAAAUCAACUAAAGUCCCGAUUUUCUUCAGGACAACUCCGUGUACUCUCUUUAAAACCAUCAUUCAAAAAACGUCCUUUGGAAUCCGAAACAUAUGGCUCUGAAGGUGGUAAUGUAACAUUAAAAUGUAGCCCAGAGGCUGCUCCAAAACCAACAUUUACAUGGAAAAAGGAUAACAUUGUCAUUGGUGCAGGUGGUAAGAGGUUUAUUACGGAGACUGGAAAUCUGAUCAUAAGACAGUUAUCUAGAGAUGAUGAAGGUGUGUACACCUGUGUUGCCAAAAACCAGUAUGGUUCUGAUGAAAGCAGAGGACGCUUGAUAGUGUUACGGGCUCCAAGAUUUACUGAAAGAUUACCUCCAAGGAUUACAACUAAAGUUGGUGAGGUAAUCUUCCUACAUUGUAAUGCAGAGAUUGACCCAAUGCUUGAUACAGCUUACCUUUGGAAUCAUAAUGGAAUGCGAAUGAAGGAAGCAGCUGAUAUGUUUGCUAAUAAAAGAAUAAAAAUAGAGGGAGGGGAGCUAACAAUAUUUGAUAUAAGUUUGACUGACGUGGGAGAAUAUGAAUGUAUUGUUAAAUCUGCCAUAGGUCGCAUAUCUUCUCGAACACUUUUACGUAUUGAAGGACCCCCAGGGCCUCCAGGAGGUCUCCAAGUGCUGAACAUCCAACGAACAUCUUUUACACUAGAAUGGACAGACAGUAAUCCUAAUGGCCGACCAAUAACUUCUUAUGUUGUCACUGGACGAACACAAUGGAAUACAACAUGGUACAUUAUCAGUGAAAAUGUUGUUAAUGUUGUGGAAAUUGAUAGAUAUAAUGGACGUAAACGUGCCACUAUCACAGCUACUUUAAUGCCAUGGUCUGUGUAUGAGUUUAGAGUUCAAGCAGUAAACAGUUUAGGUGUAGGUAAAGCAUCCUCACCAAGUCCACAAUUCUCAACUCAACCUGAUAAACCAUAUCAGGCACCUCACAAUAUUGGAGGUGGUGGAGGUAAAAUAGGAGAUCUUACGAUUACUUGGUCACCAUUACCACCGUCACUACAGAACGGUCCGGGAAUACAUUAUAAAAUAUUUUGGCGUCGUAAUGGGUCUGAAGUUGAAUUCCAAUCUCUCCUGCUUAAAGAAUUUGGAAAUGCUGGCAUGCAUGUUGUACAUGUUUCGUUGGAUUAUUUCUUCACUCCUUAUAAUGUAAAAGUUCAAGCAAUUAAUGACAUCGGGCCUGGGCCAGAGAGUGAUGUUGUGACUAUAUAUUCCGCUGAAGAUAUGCCGCAAGUGGCUCCCCAGCAAGUAUACGCGCGAUCAUUUAAUUCAACAUCUCUCAAUGUAACUUGGAAUGCUAUAGAUCAGUCACGAGAUAGACUUCGAGGAAAAUUGAUUGGGCACCGUCUUAAGUACUGGAAGCAGUCAAACAAAGAGGAAGAAUGUAUCUACUACUUGUCAAGGACUACACGUAAUUGGGCUCUCAUUGUGGGUUUGCAGCCUGAUACAUAUUAUUUUGUGAAGGUAAUGGCAUUUAAUUCUGCCGGUGAAGGGCCAGAGAGUGAAAGAUAUUUGGAGCGCACAUAUCGUAAAGCACCACAGAAACCUCCUGCCUCAGUCAAUGUAUGGGCUGUGAAUCCCAGUACAGUUAGAGUUGUGUGGAGAUAUGUUCAACCAACAGCUGAAGAGGAACCUCUGAUUGGAUAUAAGGUGCGGGUAUGGGAGAUAGAUCAAGAUAUGAGUACUGCUAAUGACACAGUGGUUUUAGUAGAACAUAAGUUGGAGGCAUAUGUCAUUAAUCUGACUCCGGGCAAGACCUAUAACUUGCGAGUCCUGGCAUACUCAAAUGGAGGUGACGGAAGAAUGUCAUCCCCACCCAUCACAUUCCAAAUGGGUGACUAUCACAGUGAUGCUUAUGGAUAUUAUGUUAAAAGUAAGUCGCACACCACAUCCAUAACUAAUAUAUUAUUAAUCAUGACAUUAAUUUAUAAUUUUGUAAUGUGAUUAUAAAAUUUACAAGCUAGAUUAAGGCAAAUACUUUUAUAAAACAUUUACAUUUUUAUAUUCUUUUAGUAUUAUCCAGAUGUGAUGUUGUUUCCGGCCAUUAUAUUAUUGUUUUUAAUAUUUUUUAUACAUUUAACAUAGAGACAUUGUUAAUUAAAAUGGCUAACUUCCAGUGCUUGGACUUAGUACCUACAUCAAACGGUUAUUUAGCAGUUUUAGUUAUUUAAUCUUGCAUCACUAAAAUUUUGUGGAUUUUACAUUUUUUUUUUUCAAUUUAUAUAGACUAAACUAUUUAUAUUUUAGCUGUUUGACCUGAGUUUUAUGACAAUAAUGUUCAUUUACACUAUAUAUAUUAUAUGCUUGAAUUAAAUUGGUUUUAUUCAAUUCAAAAAGUCAAAUAAUACAAACUGAUUGACGAAACCAAAUUAAGUCAAGAUACCAUAAGUGUCUCAAGUGAUAGAAUCUCAUAGAUAUUAUGGUUAUUGAUAUGUGAAAUCCGAGCCACGCCUAACUUUAAGUAUAUUUUAUAUGAUUACAAAUAAGUAAAUUAGUUUAUAUGAAUUGCUUUAUAUUUUAUAAGAACAUUGCUUACUAAACCUAUUUUUAGGUAUCAAGUAUCUUUCUGUCAAACGCUAAAAUAGGUUUAAUUAGCUUGAAUAUGGUGGUGUGCCCUCGGACGAGUAAAAUAAGGACUCCGUGUCACCUGAAUAGUGAGGCACCAAAUCAAGCCGGUAAACGUGUAAAUACAUAGCCCCACGCAUACACUUACACAAGCCGAUCGGCCGCAUUUAUGAGAUUUGCCAUAGUCUGUGACAGAUCAGUUUGCGUCGCAAUAAAAUAUUUUAAAAAUGCCGUCGUGCGUCGUGCAAAAGUGUAAAAACGAUACUAUAUAAGUAUUUGUGGCCAUAUAUGAUUAUUUAAGGGAGAAAAAAUUGUGUAUCUGGUAUACCCCGUAACUGCACACACACUAGCAUAAAGGUGCUUCACUUGCUAAUAUCACGGCGCGGAGUCCUUUUUUUUACUAGUCCGUGGGUGUGGCUAUAAUCAAGACAUGUUUCAUAAUGCAAUGUGAAUAUAGUUUAGCCUGAUACCAAUUAUUUUGUAAUGCCAGUCAAGCAUUAUCCGGACUGGCCAAUCAUUCAUAACGGCAACGAAAUAGAUCAGUAAUUAUUAAGUGUGUAGAGAUGUACAGAAAGCUAGACAAAAAUUAUUUUUUAACCCUUCUAAGACGCUCCUGGGCAUAAAAUAUUUUUGUCUAAUAAAAGCGAACUUUACAUAUCAGUUAUUUUGAUAUAAAAUUUUGUACUGAUUAUAAAAAUUAUAAGAUAGACUAGACUAUGUAGCAUUUCAUAAAUAAAAUUAUUUGUGUGAUGAUUCUUAAGAAUUUUUCUUAUGAUUAGUAAAUAAACAACAUCAGUAAUAAAACUCAUGUUCUCAUUUAUAAUAUUAGUAAGAAUAAUAUAAAACAGUAUAAUACACAAAAUUUAUGUAGCAGUUCCAAACCGUACGAAUUGUAUUCUCGCCAACUUCCGUGUGUUUGUAGUAUGAAGUGGUUGUAGCCCUUAGCCCAUAGCCCAUAGUCAAAGUAUUACAAAUAAUCUUGGCAUAAAGUUAUAUCUAAGAAUUAGAAAAUACAUUUUGCAUAAGAUUGGUAUUCUAUUCUUCCUACUGUGGCUUCUGUGGAAGACACACCACAGAUUUGCCAGUAUCAUGUUAAAGUAGACUACCAAGCUAUGAGUAUGUGUCUCCUAAGUUUAACGGUAAUGAUCGGUAUUAAGGCGACACUAAAUGCCGGCCUUGAGCGAUAUGAGUUCACGGCGGCUUUGUAACAAAGCCAAUAUUUUCAAAAUUCUUGCAUCGAAAAUGUAACAUUUUAACAGGCGCAAACAGCUUAAUUGCUUACAAUCCUCAUUAUUGAUUACUAAUCUGAAUAAUUGUACCUACACAAAAAGUAAAAGCUAUAAGAACAACUUUUAUGAGAGUACUAUACUAAACAAAUGCAUCAUUCCGAGACAAAACUUGUUUAACUGCAAACAUAACUGGUUUUUCAUAAUAGCUCUGGAGUAUUAACUUUAACCAACAGCAAGCAUUAGCAACCUACAAGUAAGACUUAAGGGUAUGCGUAACAGGAUAAAGUUGUGUUCAUAGCUCCAAAUGCUAUAUUUUCACCACCAAACUUGUCUAAAAACACCUUGCUUGCGUGUUUUCUGUUUACCCUUCGCCUUAAGAUUACAUAAAGAUUGGUUUAUUCAGACGUGUACCUAACGUUUCACGCAUUUAUUUGAAAGGCUUCCUGACAUUCGGAAAACUUCAUAAUUAUCAUGGUUCAAUACCAUUUGUUGUCAGUGUACCAGUUGUUAAUUACCAGUGUUGUCGGCGAUAUAUACAGUACCAUUUGUUGUCAGUGUACCAGUUGUAAAUUACCAGAGUUGUCAGCGAUAUAUACAGUCGCGAGCAAAAGUUUGGAAUCACUUGAAAUUGGUUCCGGGCGAUCUUGCUUACCUACUAAAUAAAUUUUUAAUUAUCAUAAAAAUGACAUCAUUUUAAAGGUUCAACUCUAAACUUUAAACUGACACCGAAUUCAUUAAAAUCAAGCCAGUAUUUCAGAAACUAUCCCGGAUUAAGUGAAGGACUAACGACGUAAUUGAUUCCAAACUUUUGCCCGCGACUGUAGUUAACAUUUUGCAUUUAUACCAAGUUUAUUAGUAAGCCGUAAGACUAUAUAUGUAUCUUGGAUUUUAAAAUUGGAACACUUCCAAUAUUUCAUAUUAGUUUACAUACUGUGUUAAAUAAGGAAUAACUUAGUGUUAUAAUAAGUAUUUCUGUACUUUGUCAUAGUUACUUAGUUAUUAUUGUUUAGCAAUUUUAAGGCUCGAACCUCGAAUUAAUUGUAUGUUGCCUUAUUAUUGUUACAAAAAAUCUUUUAUUUUUAAUAAACUUGUUUCGACUUAAAAA